AUGCCCUUGCAGACCAGGAUCAUCGCCGCCAUCGUUGGCGUGGCUCUUGCUGCACAGGCUGCCAUGUUCGUGCUCUGGAGCCAAAGGAUGAAUAAACAGAGCCAAAGUUCAGAUGAGCCCGGCACUCUCCCCGACAAGGAGAGCGAAGAAAACAAAGAAAAUACUCCGAGCGGACCAACGGUGAAUAUCCCUCGCGUUUUGAUGCAUUACGAUGUUUAUCGCCGAGAGAAGAGAUUUGAUGGGGACCGAGAAGCCCUUUGA